AUGGAUCUUGACACUUCCACUCUGGGCCAAAAUUUAAUCAAUAUAAUUGACAUAGACGACUGGUUUCCCUUCCUUCCCUACAAGGCAGGACAAAUACUGUUGCAGAUCCCUGCUGAAGGGGCUGAGAAGGGUCGGCCUGUCUACCCCUGGAUCGAGAAGCCCUCCCUCCUCGGCAGGGUGCCCUUCCUCCUCUACGACAGCCUGUUAGUAGCCAUCGUUGUCUACAUGCUUUGUUGUUAUGGAUACUCUAUAACCACCAUUACUAUACCAUUUCAGUUAUACAAGAGGACCUCCAAGGUUAUGGCCAUCCUGACAGACAAUUCCAUAUUCUUCAGCUUCACCCUGCCGUUCAUAUACUGCUUCCCCGUUCCGGUGAUGGACUGGAUGGAAGGGCAUUACCGUUCCAGGCAUCCUUUGAGAAUCGCUAACCCUUUCAACGACAAGGUCCCAGGAGUCUAUGAACUGAUUGCGCUAAUUAUCGCUUGCAGCAUCGCCUUCUCCACUUCGAAGAAAGCGGCAAUGGACUGCCUUUUCGUUACACUUUUCAGCAUCCAGAGCGACUUCUUGAAGUAUCUUUCGGUAGCCAUGAGUGAACUCCAAAAAGAACUGAGCAAUGAAGAUAGCAAACAAGUCAGAGACAAAUUGAUCCUGUGGUUCAGGCUGCAGCAAGAGAUAGUCAGGAACACGCACGAGCUUAUAGAUACCUUUUCUCCAGUCAUCAUGAUCUAUUACAUGACUACGAUAGGCAUUGUUGUUUGCGGCGCCUUUGUACAGUCCAUGAAAGAAAACGAACUCGUCAUUCAGUCUAUCAGUAUCGGCGGAUACAUCAUGAUCACAUUGGUAUACUAUUUUCUGUUGUCGAAUACCGCUGAUGAACUGACUGCAGAGCACUCCGUGGUACGAUAUGACGAAGAACAAUGCAAACAUGAUCCGUCUGGCAGUGACAAUAUCCACGAGACCAAUUGA